AUAGCAGGAGCAAGUGGAAUUACACAGCCAAGUCCUUCUCUGCGUGAAAUUAUGGAUCAGCAGCAGGGUCUGAGAGAAAAAAGUGCGAACGAAGGCCCAUCUAUGCCUCCUGUUGGAUAUGAAAGGUCACUGAAUGAGAUGGGCAGAGCCAACAGAAGAGCACUAGUUCACUCCUCUCCACAGCUGAAAGCUUCACGGGUUAGGGAGGUUGGCACACCCGAUCCUUUUGGAAAGUCCAUUGACCACGCUCUUCAGAUAAUGAGUACAAGCACACCUAAAACUAGAGAGAACUGUUCUCUUCAAGACGUUAAUAGAGCAGCGGAGGAUAUCAUUACAUCUCUGUCGGAAAAUGGUAAAUUUGUUUCCCUUGAGGUGGUAAAAGCCAGACUCUGCCAACAAUUCGGGAAGACGAAUUUCAGUGCAUUUGGAUUUAGAAGAGACCACGCUGUUCCUGCCCUUCAUGAUCUUAUCCAACUGCAAGCCAAAGUGAGUAAGUGUAAGCUAGGAACAUACAAGCGUAAGCGUGACAGGCAGAGAAUAUAGUCAUACUGCUUGCAGACAAGGGACGGGUGUAUGGAUAACAUAGACUACAAAGAAAUAAUGGACGUACUUGUUAACGACAAACAGACCUACGACGUACUUAAACGAGACCCAACACCCGCACUGCACAAACUGCUUAUACUGAAGAAAACCGAGAAAAUUGACUUUCGACGCUACAGCUGACUGAGGCGUAGUGUCCUGCGGCCGCCCAAGCUGUAUGGACUAUCGAAACUACACAAACCCAACGUACCUAUGCGGCCCAUAGUUUCUUUCUGUGUGUCCCCGACUUACCAACUGUCUAAAUAUUUAACCAACGUACUGAAACCUUUGACUGACGAAUCUAGACAUAAACUACAGUCUACCGAGACCUGUAUUGAUGCCAUUAAGACAAUACAUGUACCUGACGACCACAAACUAGUGUCUUUUGAUGUGAAAUCACUGUUAGCCAGUAUUCCACUUCAACUGGCCAGACUGUACUGAGAACGCUAUUAAGAACUCUACUGUUGAACUACCACUACCUACAGACGACAUUAUGGACCUACUCAACCUGUCCCUAACUUUGCACUUUCAGUAUGACGGCAAACACUACAAACAGUUACACGGUACAGCUAUGGGCUCUCUAGUAACUGUUUCUGUUGUUGUAGCAGAGAUUGUCAUGCAAAACAUCGAGGAACAAUCCUUACCUACUUAUACGCGAACUAAAACCUCUUUGGUUAACCUACGUUGACGACACUUUUACCGCUGUACACAAAGACGAAAUCGACGAUUUUCACGAACACCUUAACAGAGAGAACGCGGAAAUACAGUUUACUAAGGAAAUCGAGGAAAAGUGGUAAAACACGUUUUCUGGACUGCUUUGCCACCCGCGACAACAACAGACUACGAACGACAAUUUACAGAAAACCGACGCAUACCGACAGAUUACUAGACCAGUCAUCUAACAACCCGACCUUUCACAAGGUCACAACUAUGCGGAAUUUGACGAGACGAGCGCAACUCUUUUGCGACUUGCCUUACAGCCUACAAGACGAGACUGACUACCUAAGCAACGUUUUUAGUAAAAACAACUACAACGCGGACUUUGUCAGACAAAACACUCACAGUAACGCCGAUUCCAACACUCGGGCCAUCGUUAACUCUGGCCCUGUAACGACAGCGACUAUACCGUACAUCAGAGGCACCUCUGAAAUUAUCGCACGUAUACUACAGCCUUACAACAUACACGUGGCACACAAACCGAUAACCACUUUACGAAGACUACUUGCUAAUGUCAAGGACAAGGACAAACCGGCGGACAGACAGGGAGCAGUAUACAAGAUCAAAUGCUGCGACUGCCAGGCUACUUACAUUGGUGAGACCGCCAGAAACCUUGGCACGCGACUGACCGGACACAAACGAGCGACAAGAAAUGGUGAUGUCAACAACGACGUUGCUUUAGACCAUUUACAGACGACACAUCAAAUCGACUGGGACUCUGCAACAUGUAUUACGUAUUCUACAGACUGCUAUCAACGACUCACUUUAGAAAGGUGGUUUAUUAACAUAGAACAAACACCACUGAAUGGUAGUCAACAGUUACCAGGACCAUACAAAGGACUUAUUGAGGGACUCAACCAAAACUUAGCACGAGAAAAUGACUGGACAACGGACGACUUCACUAACAAUAAACGACUGUUAAACUGUGACAACAGACGGAUCGAAACGCACCAAUGACAUAUCGAGUCUUCAUAGCUAUUAACAUCACGGCUUAACUGAUAUACGACCAAUAACACCGCGACUUAAUUGGCCAAUCAGGUCAAUAACUAGAGUGUGAUAGCAUCAACUGACGUGACACAACUCACUUUCACUAUGAAGAUGACUACCGCACAGGUUGUCGAAACGUCAGUCACUGUCAACAAUUGUAGCAGUCUUAUUCAGGACUACGUUCGCCCGAACGAUCAUACUCAACCUGCUCAUGAAAUGACUCCUGGGUUCAAACCUUUCACAACUUUGUUGAUAAAACAAAAAACACAAACAAACAACAACAACAACAACAACAAAAUUUCUAAUGAAAAUGUUCUGUAGCAAGGGUAGGCAUCCUUUGCACCUUCUUGUUCUUAUUAUUCCCUUUACUCGGUGACAAACCUUUCCAUCCCCAAAUGAAGUACGGUGGCAAUACUGAAGGUUAUCUGUUGGAAUUCCAUGCCUGGGCACACAAUCACGCAUAAAAUACUGACUUUUAAAACUACCGUUACAUCGAUGACAUUAAAACUACUCCUUGUCCAAUGGCAGGUAAACCCUUGACUUUCCCUGAAGAAUAAUAUUUUGAUAUGAAAGAUCUUAACUGCUUUUUAUACACAGGUGAGCUUGUUUGUUCAUGCGUACGUGAUGACAAACAGUAUCUGCACUCUUCACGAACUGAACCAGAGCCUGGCAGACUUAGGAUCCAAGUCAGACUUUGGUGAACUAAAGCUGGGUCCCCUGUUACAGCAGCCCGUGGUGUAUAACAUGUUCAAGGCUCCAUCAGAUCUUCCAUCUGUGCCUAAUAUAACAACCAUUCAGAUCCUAAAACAUUUGGACAAGUACAUGACUCAAGAGGAAUUAAAGCGCAAGAGAGUCGAUUUGAAGAAUUUUCUUAAGUACCUGUGUGAAAAGCAAGACUGUGAUACUCCAUAUGAACUUGGAGUCCGAAUACAGAGUGUUGGAUUGGCAAUUUGGGUAUGUGGAGUAAUGUAUCAAACAUACACAAGACACUGUGUUUUAUCACAUAACAAAAAUCGAGAGUGAAAUUGAAAUGCGCGUGACGGAGUAUUUUUAGACGAACUUCGAGAGUUUUGAUAUUGUUUCGCUGGUACGUGCUAAAUCCGCGCGUGUACGCGAAAAUACAUUCCAUAUGCACAUUCUCGGCUGAACUAUCUAUUUAACAAUCAUAAAUCGUACCUUCACCACAAAGAGUGAAGUUGCGGUUUCGAUCGGAGGGAGUCAAGAUCCAAAAGGUUAACUUGCGAGAGUGGCUUUAAAGGGAACAUUUCGUGGCUGUAUCAAAAAAAAAAAAAUAAAAUAAAAUAAAAAAUGAAAAACGCCACCUGGUACUUAUCCUGUAAAUCGCGAACUUUGAUGGAACGUUUGUUACAUUUGUUUAUGCGUUCUCGUAAUGACAUUAAUUUUGUACUUGUAUUUGUAUGUUUCGAAGGCAUUGUAAUGCAACUUUGAUAACGGUGAACACAAUGAAUUACAGCUAGCGAAACAGAUAUUGCGAUGAAGUUUUGAGUCUGAAGUUUUAAAUUCAUCACUGCAGCGAGGGUUCAUGCACUAUUUACUAAAAGCUGGAACAUCGGAACACCUCAGAACAAUCGGAACACUCUAGAAAACCCUCGGAACAACUCGGAAAAAGAAAUUUUAAUGGGUGAAAUAAAAAGGAAAAACAGGAACCCUAACCCUAAUCUGUAAUAAGGAUGGGAAAGCGAGGAGAUUUUUUGUGAUCCAAACAAGUCUACGAAGUGAUUUCUUCGCCUUUGCCUUUUGAAGGUGUAAUUUCGGGAAUUAACUCGGCUUUUCCUCUUAACCUUUCGUGUCAGUUUUUUCUUUAACCACGUGCUCUCAAUUUUUGACUUCAAUUCACAUGCUAAGCGUUCUAAAGGCAAAUAAUCGCCUCCUACCUACCAUAGUAGCCUGAAUUUCAGACGAUUACUUCGAAUCGUUCUCACUCCCUCAGUAACGUCUGAAUCGACCAGCCGUUAAUCAGUGCCGUCCAGUGAUGUCACUAAUCGUUUGCUUUAAUUUAUGCAAAAAGUAAAACACGAUUUUCAACUGACAAACCAAGAAAUAUCGUUUGGAAAUCUCUACAUUUAUAUGAUACAGAAUUGCUUUACUCUUUUUGAUCGUAAUUCAUAUUUAACGUUCCAACUGUCAACUGCAUGCAAUAAUCUGAACGAAUCUGUUGUAAUUUAAUAAUCAAACUCUGUGGCACUCACGCAAUGAAAUAAAUACACACAGGAAACACUUCAAGAACACAACAAUUUGCUUUCGUUGAAAAGAAGUUAUUUGGUCCUUAACGAAGAAAGAAAACAAGAACGAAAAGGAUCAUUAAACUUGACGGUUUAAAUGAAAAGAAAGUCGAAUUGUAACUUAAAUUUCAGAAAACUUCGCAUAAACAAAAUCACUUCCGAAACCACAAAGCAGCUCUAAAUGAAAAAUCUACUGACUUUCCGCUAUGAUUCUUAAUUCUUAGUUCAAUUUAACAAUUCAUAGUUUCGCUUAUUUUCAGUGUUUACGAUAAAGAUUGUCGAAAUUUUUUAACUCCACGCAAGCGUGACAGGCAUGCGAUCCGCUGAAUAUCAAACGACAAUCCCUCUAAAAUUUCUCAUAAUUCUACAUAAUUAUGCGAAUGUUUGGACAAUCCACCAAUCAAAAUUUUACCCGGUUUUUGGGUAGUGAAGUCACUGGACGGCAUGAACGACCGGUCGAUUCAGACGUUGCUGAGGGAGUAACAACGACUCGAAGUAAUCGUCUGAAAUUCAGGUUACCUACCAUGGUUGGUUUUCUUGAAAUCGCCAAAAUGCAGAAACAAGAAUCUAGUCACUGAAAACCUUAAACCAGGGGUCAAUUUAAUAAAACUUUUACAAGUGUAGGUAUUGUGUUAGGGUCCGAAAACACUUGCUACACUUGUAAAUUACACUUUCAAAAGUUGUCUUAAAUUGAUCCCAGGAAAAGUUCUUAAUUAAUGCUUAGGCGUGUUGGAGGGAAGACGGGGGAAAGUUGCGGGGAAAGGGAGCGAUUGCGGUCCUUUCACCUUGUUUUUCGCGCUCGCGGUCUCCAGUUGCGUAGGUGCCCAAUUGCUUAACUUUUACAGCGAUGGAGUUGAAGAUGUCACCCAGUAAUCAGUGUUUUUACUAACUUGAUACAAAUCCGAACUAGAAGUAUCGGUAUUUAUAAUAUCAAAUUAAUGCUGAGAUUGUCGUGGUGGUGUUGUUUCCUUUGUUUAUAGGUGAUUAAAAAGGCGAAAAAAUGCGAGAGCGAACGAUGGAAAGCUAUCCGGGAACAGAUCUUGGUGGACAUGGAUGAGGAGAUCAUGAGAAACAUGCAUAAAAUCAAGAAGGAUCUUUUAGGACAAGACCUUGGUGAUCUGAGAAGUUGUGUAAUGAAAUUCCUUGAUGUGUCUCCUGUUGACGCGCUUAACGAGAUAUUUCAAUGCUCCAUGCAACUUUUUCCAGUCGAACAUCAGAAAAAAAUUUCAGAGUUCUUAACCAUCAUCACAAAAGAUUCCUUUGGAAGGCAGCUAUUUCAGCUGGCUCUUUCUAUGAGUUGCAAGCGCCUACUUGGUGAUGCUUUUGAACAACUGGUGACAGAUGAAGUACGGAAACAAGCGGCCAACACUGUGAACGAAAACCUUGAAGAACCACCCACCCCUCCCUGUGAAGGUUUGUUGAAUCUGUCCUUAUUCAGAAAGUUACAACGUUAUCUUUGAUUAUCUUGAAGCAAAAAACUCAUACCCUUCAAGAAUCGGCGAAAGUUUUCAAUGUGAGAGUUUACAAAAACGAAAUAUCAUAUUGCAAAGUUGCUCUUCCCUCGUUGCCCAUGGAAAGAGCACGUUUUUUUUACUAGAUUCCUGAUUGGUAAGUUCAGCUUAAUGUUGGAAGCACUUACCUAUAAAAAACAGUUUCCAUCUAUGCAGCUCCAAUGUAAUUCAGUUUGGUUUAUUUAGCGAUGUUUAAGCACCCGACGUUAAGAUUAUUUUCAUAAAUCUAAAUCGUAUCAAAACCCAACAAGAGUGUUUUUUUUUGCUGGACAUUGAGAUAUUUUUCCAUCUUUCUUACAUAAUGGCCCAUGCUUACAAUAAAGAUUUGUGACUGAGGCCUUUCCUAAGUAACAAACAAUAAAAGAAUGUGUAAUUUUCAUUUUUCUUUUGACAGACGAAGUCGUUGAAGAAGUAAAGAAGUGGCUUAUUAAAGCCGAUCACAUGGACCUUGCGAGACUGGCACGUAUCGAAGGAAAUGUAGUCAACAAAUUUCCAGGGUUUAACAGCUUCGAGGAGUUUGGUUAUGGUUCCUUUCUGAAAUUCUUGUCAUCACAUGAAGAGCUUCAAGAGGCUAUUGAGCAAGUUGGUGGGCUGGGUCGAUCUGAAGGAAAAGGAAAAAGGCUUGGUUGUCCUGUGCCGCUUGGCAGUGUUUUAGAUUUUGUAUCUCAGUAUGGAACACAAUCCUCACAUGUAAGUGAGUUGUGAGUGAGAUUUCGAGAGAUCUGUCUUAACAUUUACCGCGCUUUUCAAAAUGUGUGUGUGAAUAUCACCGAAUUUGCCUCGAUUUUCAAGUAUGACCCACGAAAUCGAGGCUCUUUUGUUCGCUGUCAAUAGAUUCAGAAAGGAAACCUUGUGAACACUCGAUUAUAUUUCACAAACCCCGGUCAAAAUAUGUGAGAAUAAACUAGGUAUUGUCCGCUUAUCCGUGCUUCGAUCCACACUUUUAACACCCCUUGGGGUACCCCUCGAAGAUCUAAAGUAAUCCCAUCAAGCCCUGGGGCCUCAGCCAUGUGCUCCCAGGAUUCCCUUCAGCUUUUCCCGCUGUGCUUCGAUCUGUAAACAGGUAAGUACUUUUCGCUCGUAUUCUAGCUUUUGUUUCUCUCCCCUUUUGUUGUUUUAGCUACGUGUUUUCUUGUAGGAGUUUUAUCUACGGUGAUUUACUUGCACUACGAAAUUUUCGAGGCCAGAUACGAUGCCGCCACAUCGCAAACGUAAAUCACGGUCACAUUCUCGUUCCCGCCAUUCGGACGAUCGGGACUCGGCAUCUUCACCCGAACGUCGUCCUUCAAUGGACGAUGACAAGCUGGAGUCCAUUCUGCAGACUCUCCAGUCUCUUCAAAAUGAUGUUACCAAUUGUAAUAGCCGUCUGGCCCUUUUUGAGUCCCGUUUUGAACAAAAGAAAACGGCCCUCGAGCCGGAUUGUGUUACUGACCACGACGCCAGUUCCCUGCUGGGAUCUGAUCUCAUUGAAGAGGGGGCUAUUAAGCCAUCAAACGACGCAGAAUUGCCAGCAAAUGAGGCUACUAAGCCACCAAACGGCCCUUCGAGUUCGGGCAAUGUAAACUCAAGUUCUACUGAGAACACCGAAGGCUUCUGUCAUAUCCUGGAAACCCUCCAAGGAUUUUUCCUCAUUCUUGGAAAAGAAUUUCCGUCGGAAACUAAGUUAUGAUCAAGUCCUGGAUGUUUUGGAAACGAAAAGUGUUCCCUCUGUUGACGCUUUAGCGUCUCGACACUUCGUCCAGCGAUCAUCAACUAGAUCUCAAAUCCACGGUCCAAGAAAUAUGUUCAAGAACGUGAUGAGGAAAUGGUUUCUGUCCAGCGUUCUUUACUUAACGCGACUGGCCCCUUGUGUCAUCUACAUGACGCCCUUGAAUCGAAUGACAAUAUUAAUGUCUCUAAUGAGGAUGUAAAGCUUAUGUUAGAGCAGGCACUGUGCCUUCUUGGCUCUGCUAAUUACCAGAUUUCAGUAUUGAGAAGAAAGAAGGUUUUAGCCUCCAUAAAUAAGGCCAAGGUUAAUUUAGGCGACCUACCUUUGCCUAAUGCUAAAAGAAUGUUAUUUGGGGACGCGUUUCCCUCCCUCGCCUCGAAACAGGCUGACCUGUCACUUUGCCUUUGCAAAACUCUCAUCAAACGCAAGGCGCCAAUUUUCUAGCUCUACCCAGCGUUUUGGAUCUAGGCCAGUCCCCAUGCGGAGCUCAUUUAACUCUGAGUCUUUUACCUCUUCAAAAUAUUCUCAGAACGGUCCAAAAAACCGCCUUUUUCGUCCUCAAAGGACGGUCCAACAAGAAGCAACCAGCACCUACCUCAGUGGGAGCAAAUAACUUCUGGUCGAGAAGUGUUAAUUAUUGUAAAGAGUUUCCAAAUAGAUUUUCAUUCAACCCCAUUUUAGUCUUGCCCUCCUGUCACAAGGACAAGUUUUUCAGAGACCAAGUUGAUCGAUGUCGAGGUCCAGGAAUUGUUAAAGAAAGGAGCUAUUCAGGAAGUCAGUCUUUCAGACCAGGCCUUUUACAGCCGUUUAUAUCUUGUUCCAAAGAAAGAGAGCACUUACCGGCCCGUGAUAGAUUUGAGUUCAUUAAACCGUUUUGUUCCCCACGUUCAUUUUCAGACGGAGGGGCUCCAUUGUUUAAAGACCGUUCUCAGGAAAGGGGACCCCAUGACAAGUAUAGAUCUAAAAGACGCAUAUUUUUCCGUAGCCCCCUUGCACCUAAGGGCUCUUCAAAUCCUGCUCAUACAAACCCUGAGGGACCACCAGUUCGACUACAACUGUCCAGUAUUUCUCAAUCCCCAGUCUCGAGCAGAGCUAACCUGGUGGCUAAACAAUUUACCCAAGGUCAACGGCAGCCCUGUUUCUCCCCCACCACCGAAUCUCACAAUUCUCUCAGGUGCUUCAAUGCAAGGUUGGCGUGCCACGUGUCAGGGCAAGUCCACAAACGGCAAAUGGUUCAGUCAGGAAUCAAUCCAGCACAUCAACCUCCUGGUAUUAAAAGCAGCAUUUCUUGCCCUCAAAACAUUCCUCAAGGACCAGUCUCACAAGGUUGUUCUAUUGAAGUUGGACAACUCCACGGCAGUAGCUUAUCUCAACAACAAAGGAGGCACCCACUCAGUUCCUCUGAUGUCCUUAACUCUGGAAAUCGGACAUGAUGUCUUCAAAGAAACAUCUUAAUUUCAGCACAGCAUGUUCCUGGAAAAGAAAAUACUGUAGCCGACUCAGAGUCUCUUACCUUCCUCGACUCAACCGACUGGCAACUCGAUCCAACGGUAAUCACACCCUUCCUUACAAAUUGGAACACGGAUCUUUUCGCCAGCCGCUUAACAGCACAGCUACGCCAAUAUUUAAAGGCCUACGAGUCAGCAUGGUCCCGCUGGAGUCGCUGGUGUGCUAAAGGGAAAAUUAAUCCAAUUUCAGCCCCACUCUCAAAAAUUCUUGACUUUCUAGCAAAUGCUUUUUCAGAUGGUUUGGUGUACCGGUCCAUAAAUGUCCUGAGUUCAGCUAUUUCAUCUACACAUUCCAGGAUCGACAAUUUCCUUGUCGGUCAACAUCCUCAUGUCACCAAACUCAUUAAGGGUGUACUGAAUUCCUGCCCACCAAAGCCACGGUACUCAUAUACUUGGGAUGUCAAGAAAGCGACAGCUAUCAGAAGGAGUUGUUUUCUCCCGUACUUCUCCAAGAAAGCGUGGCAACCUUAAUCAGUUAGCUCAGGCCUUCCUAGCUCGCUUUCCCCACAAUAAAAAAUUAUGCCCUGUUGAGACCUUUCGUCAUUACCUUAAGAAGACACGCUCAGUUCGCCUCACAGUACCCUGCUCCAAACCAGACCCUCUGUUGAUCUCAUAUCGAAAGACGAAAUUUCGAAAAGAACCGUAACUAUUGGGUGCUGGCUCCGCCUUACCAUUCAAGAUGCUGGUAUCAAUACGGACAUUUUCAGGGCCCACUCUGUUCGUUCAGCUUCAACUACUGCGGCUGCCAGUGGCAGUGUUGGUCAUGUUCCUCCACCUUCCAGAUGUUCUACUACGAACCAGUGUUCAACUGAAAAAUAUUGCCAAACUGUACUCAAUUAAUCAUAGCCAUGUCCUAGGGAAUCUUUUCCCCUGCGUUCAGGCUUUGCCAUUCAGUGUAUUUAGGAUCUUUUUUUCAGAACUUCUAUUUCUGAAAUGCCUUUUGUUGCAUGUUUCAGACAUUAAAGUUGUGUUCAUACCUUGAACCUCAUAAGUUGUGUUUAUACCUUGGUAUUGAAAUCUACCUAGUUUAUUCUCAUAUAUUUCGACCGGUGUUUGUGAAAUAUAAUCCCAAUUAUACAGGUAGGCCGCUUCGUGGCCCUGGUAUAAUUAGAGUUAUCGAUAAAGUGGGAUGUGGAAAACUUAUAGCCGCGGAGAAAUCCUGUUUCGUGUAGAAAGCCACGUUUUCGCGGGCGAAGAGUUUGAAAGCAAGCGAAAGUAAUACAAAUUCCCGUGAAUUAAAGCUAUAUGUUUCUCAGAAUAUUUGGAUUUCUUGGAACUUUGCGGUGAACCGAUGUUUUGGCUAAGGCCCUGUUUACAAGGAGGGAGGGUAACGGUGGUGCUAGGGUUACCCUAACACUCGCACAUUUUUUCUUUUUUUACACGAUUAAGUGCGAAUGGAAGAUUUAGGAUGCGCAGUAGACUCGCAAGGAAUUUUGGAUAUGCUGAAAUGGGAGAUUUAGAAUGCGCAGUGGAUUACCACGUGCUUUCUUCUUACACUGAUUUUCAACUGCAAUUUGAAUAAUUUGCAAUCUCGUUAAAGUAUAGAAACAAAAGGUCUAAUUAGAAAACAAACAACUUUACACGUGCUUUAUACUUUUGCAGUUGGCCGAGACUUGUCGACCGAGAACCGAAGGCAUUCAUGAUGAAUUCAUCACAGUCGAUGCCAAGGCAGAAUAAAAGAAAAGUUCGAAAUCGCUGUAUAUUUGGGUGAAAACAGAACACGUUAAGACUAGCAAAAUAGCGUAGCAUAUGGACAAAGAACUUGCAUCACUGGAGCAAGCAGCCGUUUAACAUCUUUCAGGCAUAUUUUCACAAAAUGCAAUAUUUUAUAAGUCUGAUAUGUUGACUAUAGUGAUUAGGGUUAAGUACUGAAAAUACUAAUUUAAGCACUAACCAUACCGAUUAGGGUUAACGGUUAGCUUCUAUUUUGGUUUCGGGUUUACGCUAUAAUAUUUGGAUUAAAUCACCAACUUCCAGAGAAACCAUAGUGGUCUAGUGGUUAGAAUAGUGGUAUGCAUAUGCUCCGGGAUCGAAUCCGCUCAUAUUCGAGUGAAUUUUUUUUCCUUUAAAAUAUUCGAGUAAAUUUUUUUCCUUUAAAAUUGAAGAGACUUACACUUUGACAACAUUUGUUGAUCAGAAACUAAGUCUCUCCGUUUAUUCUAAAUCGACGUAUGAUAGUUUGGUCUGGCUGAGAUUCUUUGAUUUGUCAAAAUUAUUGAAAAAAAAAAAAUAGUAGACUGCUGGUAAUUUAGUGUUUUGAAAAUCUUGACCGGUUACCGGCCAUGUAGCCGAAGCCUUUAUUAUUUUACAAGCAAAUUUCCUUCUGUUCUAAGAGGGAAUCACACAAGGAGCAUCAGAACUCUGAGCCCUAAAUUUAUGUAUCAUAUUUAUCAAAAAUUGAACAUAACUGCCCUCCAAAAUUGUUUAAAUUGGCAUUUGAUUCGUGACAUGUUUGACCAAGUUAAUGUUGUGUUUUCAUUGUCGUUUCUCAAACCUAUCUUGUAGUGCAGAUCAUAGUGGAACAAAUUUCCUUAAACUUGGCAUAUGAAAUAAGCAGUCUUAAACUCAAUAAUUUUAAGUUUCGUGGAAAUCGCUCGAUUUUUGUGCGAACAGAAAGACUGAACACCAUACUUAGAAAAUUUGCUUGUAUCGCCAAAUCAAAGCUUCAAAAUAAAUUUCAGUCAUUCAAUUGAAAGCAAAUUUAGGUCAUCACCGACAAAGAUUUUGGAUAGCCCUCUUAGCCUCAUAUGACCUUCUACUAAAAACUUCACACUUAAUUUUCUAUUUCUUCACUAUUCCUUGCCUACGGCAACAUUUCAACCCUUUAGGUAUACUAGUAUUUAUUUAAUAGAUUGAUUGCUGCAGUUGUUAAGGGCCUUUCUGAAAAGUGUGGCAAUGUUUGUUCUCCCUUGGUAAUAAAACGUCUUAUACACGAUAGAAGCGAAGAUUAAAGGCGAUUUGUUUUUAAAUCAGUGAAUACGCGAAGCGUAAGAAAUGAAUUAUCUUGGUUGAAAGUUCAGUUCAGUUCAUUGAUAACCUACGUGUCGUGUUGCGUUUCCGACAAUUUGACUCUGUUUUGUCAAAUAUAAAUAAUCAGAAUCUUAUGUUCGAAAUAAACUGAGACUUGUUAAAAACUCACUCAAACUAUAUGAAAUGUACUUUUCUUCCUUCAGAAGUUUUAUCGCAGCACUUCACUUUCCAUUGGAAACUACUAGUAUGAGUUCGCGCUAAUGCUGCGAAAGUUAUU